AUGUCUGAAAAUUCCAGCGACAGUGAUUCAUCUUGUGGCUGGACUGUCAUCAAUCAUGAGGGGUCUGACAUAGAGACGGUGACUUCAGAAAAUGGAAGCACAAAUGACAACCAUGAGCUUGUUUCAGAAGAAUAUGUUUCUCUGCAAGAAGAGGAGCAACCAGUUGAUUUGCAAGCUCAGUGCAACAAUGAUGGGGAGAUGGCAGUGGCAGAAAAUACUCUCUCUGAUUUUGAGGAGACUCAGACAGUUUCAGAGGAAAAGAAAGGAAAAAUCUCUGAUGAUGGGUCCUGCAUUGGAACUGUUAGUGAUGAUUCUGACAUUGUUACACUUGAAGCUCCAAAACCAGAAGAAGCUCAGAGUCAGGAGGAAGUUCCAGCUGAUGGUGAAGAAGUUCAAAGUUCGGAAGAUUUUAACAUGGGUUCUUCCUCUAGCAGUCAAUAUGCGUUUUCCCAUCUAGAAACUGUUUUUUCAUCGCAGGCUAGCAAUGAUGAAUCAAGUAGUGAUGAAACUAGCAGUCAGUCCAGUCCCACAGUAAGAAAACGUCGGGCUAAGAAGAGACUGAUCUCUAGUUCUGAGGCUGAUGGUGGCUCACCUCCUGAACCAGAGUCCGAACCUCCCAGAGAAGAGCAGCACAAACGCCAGUUCAGUAGUGGCCUUAACAGAUGCAUCAUACUAGCUUUGGUGAUUGCAAUCAGCAUGGGCUUUGGACACUUCUAUGGUACAAUACAGAUCCAGAAGCGUCAGCAGCUGGUGACAAAGACACGUGAGUUAAAAGAUAUGAAAGAUGACCUUUACCAGUGCCAACAAGAGGAAGGAGAUAAAAUGUAUCACAGAUCACUCAAGGGAGAUCUUGCCACAUGUUUGACUUCUACUGAUGUGGAGAAGAAAUCCUUUGAAUCUCAAAAAAAAAGUCUUGCUGCAGAAAAUCAGCACUUAAGAGAAUCUCUAGAGAAGGAAGAAAAAGCUUUGGCCUCACUUCAGGAAGAAUUAAGGAAGCUACGACAACAAAUUAGACACUUAGAAGACAAAGGUACUAGCACUGAGUCUAUUGUAAUGGAAAAUCAGAAACUAAGGGAACAUUUGGAAGAGGAAAAGCAAAGAAACCACAACUUUCUUAGGCAAAAGGAAACCCUUUUUGCAGAGGCACAGAUGUUAAGGAGAGAACUGGACAAAGAACGGCACAUUACAGAAGGGCUAAAAAAAGAACUGGAACAGUUAAGUUCUCGUCGAACACCAGACAGUGCUAAUGAUGAUGAUGCAUUAAGAGAAAAUCGAGAAAUAGAAAGUCUGAGAGGGAGACUAGCAGAACUAGAAAAAAAGCUAAACUUUGAGCAGCAACGCUCUGACUUAUGGGAGAAGCUGUAUGUUGAAGCGAAACACCAAACUGAAAAACAAGAAAUGAAUGAAAAGGGACAAAAGAAAGGUGCAAAAGGGCAAAGUAGGACUAAAAAGAAAUCAAAGGAAUCAUUUUUUGGUUCAGUUAAAGAAACUUUUGAUGCUAUGAAAAAUUCCACAAAAGAGUUUGUUAGGCACCAUAAAGAAAAGAUUAAGCAGGCUAAAGAAGCAGUGAAAGAAAACCUGAAAAAAUUCUCAGAUUCUGUAAAGUCUACAUUCAGACACUUCAAAGACACCACAAAAAACAUUUUUGAUGAAAAGGAGAGAAAGCCAAAUGACAAAAGACAAGAGGCAAACAAGAAAGCUCGAACGUUUUACCGAAAACAUAACUCUUAUGAGAAUCUGAAGCACAUGCAUUACAGGGGACCUAACAUGCCAAAAGAGUUCCAGGAUGGAAGAAAACGUCCGUUUACAACAUUUGAAAAAGAUGCAGAUUCACAGAAAUGCCUCAAUGAUCCCUUCUGUAAUAGAAAACAUCAGUUUGCCCUGAAGGGCUGCUCUGGAAUUUUUGAAUGUGCUCAUCAAGAAUUCACUAGCCUCUUUAACAGGGUGUCAGAUCCUAUCAGGGUGGACGAAUUUAAUCGGCUAAUGAGAAAGUAUUUGCAGCAAGUUGUACGUAACUUUCAUCACUGGAGAGAGCUAGAAAAUUUCAUCAAUAAGUUUUUUCAUAAUGGGAUAUUUAUACAUGACCAGAUGCUGUUCACUGAUUUUGUUAAUGAUGUCAAGGAUUACCUGGAAGAUAUGAAGGAAUACCAAAAUAAUGAUGGAAAAGUUUUUGAGGAUUUGGACAAAUACAUCUACAGAUACUACUUUCAUUAUGAUAAUUCACCCCAGUAUGGACCCAGUCGACCCAAAAGGCCGCCUUUUACACAAACUGAAGAUUCCAGACACGAAAGACAAGCUCAGAAGUACCACCACCGUAACAAAAGAGAAGGUAAAUGGCAUAAACACGGUCGCACUCAUGGAAGACACACGGCAAAUCUUGAAAUAGAAUUGGGGCAGUUACCCUUUGAUCCAAAAUACUGAGUAAUUUAUGGUAAAAAUAAGAUGAGGAUUCGCAUUCUGUCUGGAAACUUGUCACUCAACAAAGCAGCAAGAUGCAAGUUUUUUUUCUCUAAAUAAUUUGAUUUUUACACAUUUUUCUUGAAGGUCAAAAGUAAGUUUUCUAAUUUGCAUAUUCUGAACUGUUGCUUUAACUGCUCUUUGGAAGUAAUGAGUUUGGGUGCCAGCAGUAUUAUUGCAGAGACUAGGCAUGCAAUGACUUGUGUAUGAAAAAUAUGCUUAAUUGCAUUGUUAGUGUAGCUCAAGUUUGAGUGAUGCAUAAUGUACCAAUAAUUAACUCCAGUGUUUGAUCUACUAUCUUCAUCUCAUCCUUCAAAAAAUAGGUUUCCAUUACAGUCAUGUAUUUGUUAGUGCUUUGAAAUCUUAUACUUGCUUCUUGUCUUUGGGGGGAGAGGUUCAAGAGCCUGUUGAAUUGUGAAGAAUUUGCUGUGCUGCAUUCUAAUCUGCUUGCUGAUUUAAGCACUUGAAGUGUCUUGCAUAUCUGCAUAUUGUGUAACAAAAAUAAAAAGACAUCGUGGGUAAAAGUCUUUAUUUAUAAAACAAAACUAGUGUAGCUGUACAGUUC